CCCGCCCGUGCGGGGCGGAGCUGGAGCUGCCGGCCGGGCCUGCCCGGCGCCCGGGGAUGCCUCACAGAACUGAGCUGUACGUGGAUCCGCCCUCAGCAUGCUGGCCUAUCGUGUAUUCUCCAGACUACAACAUCACCUUCGUGGGACUUGAGAAGCUGCAUCCAUUUGAUGCAGGGAAGUGGGGAAAAGUAAUCAAUUUCUUGAAAGAAGAAAAACUAAUUGCAGAUGACUUGAUUGUACAGGCACGGGAAGCUACUGAUGAAGAUCUCUUGGUUGUUCACACAAGGCGCUACCUUAAUAAAUUAAAGUGGUCAUUUGUUGUGGCUACAAUCACAGAAAUCCCACCUGUUGCCUUUCUUCCCAAUUUCCUUGUUCAGAGGAAAGUUUUGAAACCUCUACGAACCCAGACAGGAGGAACAAUAAUGGCAGGAAAACUUGCUGUGGACAGAGGCUGGGCAAUCAAUGUGGGAGGUGGUUUUCAUCACUGUUCAAGUGACAAAGGUGGAGGAUUUUGUGCAUAUGCUGAUAUCACUCUGGCUAUAAAGUUCUUAUUUGAAAGAGUACCAGGGGUGUCUAAAGCCACAAUUAUUGAUCUGGAUGCUCAUCAGGGAAAUGGCCAUGAGAGGGACUUUAUGGAUGAUCAUCGGGUGUACAUUAUGGAUGCAUACAACAGAUACAUUUACCCAGGGGAUGGAUUUGCUAAACGUGCCAUAAAACGCAAGGUGGAAUUAGAGUGGGGUACAGAGGACACAGAGUAUCUUCAGAAGGUACAUACUCACGUGGAAGGAGCUUUAAAUGAAUUAAAACCUGACAUCAUUGUUUAUAAUGCUGGGACAGAUAUUCUGGAUGGCGACCCGUUGGGAGGACUUGCUAUUUCUCCUCAGGGGAUUGUGAAGAGAGAUGAAGUGGUGUUCAAGGCUGCCAGGAGCCGCAGGAUCCCCAUCCUGAUGGUGACAUCUGGAGGCUACCAGAAGAGGACAGCACGGAUUAUUGCCGAUUCCAUCCUCAAUCUGCACAACCUGGGCCUUAUUGACAAGGAGCUGGCAACCAGUGGGGCUGGAAAUCCCAAGGUGGAACAGAUGAUUAGGGACUCUGCUAAAGACUUGUGCAACUUGUCACUGCAAUGACGAGUUCCUGUAUUUUAGGAACCAACUUCCUGGUUUAGGAGCAGGAAGUCUCCACAUCAUGGUCAGGGUUAAUAAACACUUUUUAAAAGGACUCAACUCUUCUGUAAAGUAACACAGUAGAGAUAAUAUAAUAGGCAGUCACAGAAUAAUGGUGUCUAACUUCUGAAGCUCUCUUGAGCAAAGAUAACUAACUCUUUUAAGCUAAUGGAGACAUAUACUCAAGGGUACUGUCUUUCAGUUUAUGGUACUACUGUAGAAAGCUUUAAUUGCUUCUCAUAUUGUUAUGGCUAGUGUGUUAUGUUGAAAGAACUAUGCAGUUAGUAUCCAAAGACUGUCCAGGCCUAUUUCGGGUGAUGCAAUCUGGACUAUAGUGGGAGAAAUGUGGACUAAACCUACUGGCUUUUUUGUUUGUUUUUUGUAGAUCUUGCAUUUUAUUUAUUGCUUUUUAAAUUGAACUAUCGUUGUAAAGCUAAUCUGUGCAUGCUUCACCUGUCAGUUUAACACUGAAGUUAAGUGCAAUACUAUAAAAAACAGUUCAGCUGAUAGGCUUUUAAGUCAUAGCCUAUUAGAACAAAAGUUCAUUAAUUUACAUUUUACUCCUGUUGUUGGUAGUGACUAAAAUCCUACUUAUAAACACCCCGAGAAAUAGAAUAUGAAAUGCCUUUGACUUCAUAUGCAAAUGAGCCAUAAGGGGUCAGGAUUCAGUCUGGCUUUGGCCUCUCAAAAUGAGACCUGCAAAUAAAAGGCAAUAGUUACUAUGCAUUGUAGAUCAGAAUAAAGAAACUACAAUAAAGUUAAAACUAAUUUUAGAGUUCUGAGAAUUCUUGCAGAAAAUAUUAUGUAAAACAAAAAGGAAUCUUUUAUUAUUGUCAGCUUAUCAUGUAUAAAACAAUGAAGAGUAAAUUUUGAUAAUUUUUUUUAGAUAUUUUUUUUUCCAACCAGUGCUGUGCUUCACUUGCUUGAAUGAGUAAAGGUGCAGUCAUAGUUUGUAAUCCAAUUGUUGGUACUCACAGAUCAACAUACAGUGAAAUUUCCACACUAAGGUAAUGUGCUAACUUUAUGUGGGAGCUUCUAGGAGGAUACCAGGACAAAAACGUGUAUUCAAAAGCAAAUUCAGUAUGCUAAUUGUGUUUAGUUUUAUUUAAAUUGAUAUAUUUUGCAUUAGGUACUGUUUGUAGCAGUGGGUCACAAACCUACUAAACUGGGUAUUUUGCACGAGCUUUUUUAACUUCCAAAUAUUCACUGACUUGUAGUACAAGUUUCAUGUCAUGUUUAGGUCUGAGCCUUUCUUGGAAGGAACAAUGAUGUUUUCUUGUAGUAGAAUUGGUAUAUAAGCUGUUUAAUUCUAAUCAGAAUACUUACCUCACUUUGUGUUAAUUUUUAGAUUUGAUGGGGUGUGUUAAUUGUAAGAAAUUGCACAAUUGCUAGAAAUACCUGCUUUAAACCAGAUUUGACAUAUUGCACUAAUCUUGAGUUGACACACUGUUAAUAAAAAGCACUGUUAAAUUUCUUACUAGAAGGACCAUGAGAGUACAAUUAAUGUUCAGAUUUAUUUUUUCUAAGCUGUCUGAUGUUACUGAGAUGUUUUUCUUUCAUAUAAUUUUUAUAAAAUUAUAAAUUACAUUUCUGUAAAGUUAACCCCUGUCAUAGUACCCAUGUGAUCUUUUCCAAAACAUUUUCUGUUUGUGUUAACAUGUUUAUAUUAUUUUCCCUUGGUGGAGAUUAAAAUGAUGUUGAACAAUG